UUUGUUCUAAUUAAUCAUCAUUUCUAAUAUGGCGGCAUUUGUUCGUUUCUCUCCCGAGUCUGUGGCUCUCUGUGCAGAAUCACUGGGGCUAUCUUGUCAUGAAGAUGCCAUUAGAUGCUUGGCCGAGGACGUCAGCUACAGAAUACGUCAAGUUUUAAACGUAACUUUACAUUUUGCUCAUCAGUCCAAGCGCAGUAAUGUAUUAUCAAGUGACUUCAAUAGAGCCUUGAAAUGGAGUAAUAUUGAACCAACUUUUGGAAGCUCUGUGCCCCAUGACAUACCUUGUUUUCAUGAAUCUGAAGAUGUUGGUGUUUCUGAUGUUGAGCAGAGAUUGGGUGACUUUGUGUAUGAUUCUUAUCUCAACAUUAAUCUCACUUCUAAGCCAAUAACUACUUGCUCAAAAUGGCUGACACUUGAGGGAACCUCCCUUGUCCAAGAAGAUGACAGAAGUAGUUUGCCAGGGUCUACAGUAGUUCUAAAAACAGCUCCUACUGAAGUUCAAAAUUAUUAUUUGUCUUUACUAUUGGAUGCCGUUACAUGCAACAGAGAAGAAGUUCGUCAGGUUGCUCUUCAUGACCUGUACACUAAUGCUGCAGUGGCUAACAUCCUACCAUAUUUAUGUCAGUUUAUACAAGAAGUGCUAUCGAGAUGGACUAAUUACUCGUCUCUUCAAAUUAUCCGAUUUCUUCGUAUGGUCAUUGCCUUAUUUGGAAACGACACACUCUAUAUCGACCCUUAUGCCCCAAAUAUCCUGAUGUUAAUACAGUCUAUUAUUCUUAGCCCUGGCUACUUGGAGUGCAAUACUUUGGCUAGUCAUUGGGACAUUAGGGAACUAGCUGCUUGUGCCCUCUCAAGAAUCAUUAAGAAAUGCUGUGCUCCUGGUACUGGCUACUAUGAUGAGGUUUGUUCUGCUUUUAGUACAACUUUAUAUCAGAGGGAAACUGCAUUACCAGUAUUGUACGGAGUUAUACUGUGUAUAUGCCAUCUGGGUGGAGAGGUCAUUGCAAAGAUUCUUCUUCCUCAAAUGACUAUGUUAACUCAGUACAUUCAGAGUUUAUUAGACAAGUCAUCAUUGACCCAGCAACAGAAUGCCCUACGUGUGUAUAAUGUUUUACUGGUGUCAGCUGAAUUGCUUCUUGUGUCUGAGGUAGAUCAAUCAAUAGAGGUUCCACCAAUAGAACAUUCCUUUACUGAUGUCAAUUGGGUCAUUUCUCCGAAUCCGUUAGAUGAAGCUGAUGAGGAAGUGUCUCUGUACGAGUUCUUUUUAGAAUUAUUUGGUGAACGACUUCUCCUAAAAUUAGAAAGUUACCUAAGAACAUCUUACAAGCCAAACGGGUCCAGGCCAGUAGCUCAGGCUCACUCAGCGAUCAGUCCUGACAUCCAGACUUCCAUUAAUCGAUUAUUUGCUUCCUAUCAAAAGAGAGAGGGUUUCAUUUCACUGAGUCACCUAAUAAGCAGUCAAAGGCUGGUCGCUCCAAGGAAGUCAAUCCACAGAGGACACAAUAAGUUUAUUUUACCGUUUGUUAUAAAGAAGUAUCGUUUGCCAGUCAAUCACAAUGUACUGGACUUAAAGCACAUCAUGUCAUCAGGACAAAGUGUCUCAUCUGUUAGAACUGGUUUUAUGUCACCCUAUCAAAAACAUGUUUCCUAUGUUUGUGAUCUGUGCAGUUGUUGGCUGUAAUUUUAGCUAGACUAGUCAUUUGUAUUCCUGUAGCUAUUAUUUUUAUUAUUUUAAUUAACCACAAGAUCCGCCCUCACUUUCAGCAAGUUCACAUACUUAAUCGGGAGUAGUUCUCAUUGGUCUCACAGAAAGCAAGUUUAAAAUGGUUUUCGGGGACAAUACAACUGCCGCCGCCUUCAUCGGGGCCUCUGUGACUCUGGUUCUCAUCAUUAUCUUCAUGAUACUGAUGGUGAUCCUAAUACGACAGUGUCUGGCCUUCAUGGCAAAGAGGAAUUCCAUUAGACAGCAGAUAGAGCAGCACAGACAGCAGCGAGCUGAAAUGGAGAGACAGAGACGACUGAGUAUAUCAGAGCCAGUGGAUCCGACCUUUGACUGGCAUCACUCGAUUCGUAUUGCGGGCACACCGCCUCCAUCAUACCGUGAGGCCAAGAAAUUACCACCUCUGGCAGACGCAUCCUCUCAACAAAGCAUCGAUAAACUGGGCUGUGAUCAUGCAUCAGAUAUAUCAAUUACAAUGACUGAAGAAAAGGUAGGAACAGAAACAGACAAUAGAAUGGAAUCUGAGUCGUCCGUGAUUGAGAUUGCUGUUGAGCAGCCACCAAACGAUACCGUUAGUCCGAAUACCAUUCCAUUGCCUGAUACUGCACUGAACAAUGAGGGGGAAGCUGCCGAUAGUGUAUCUGGCACUGACUGACAAUCCCUCCUCAUUGUUUUGAAUUCAUUACCUUUUAUGGAAAUCAAGUUACACAUCCUCCACAUACUACAAGUGUAUUAUCUAAGUUUAAUGACCGCACAAUGAACUAUACAUUUUUUCUUAUUUUAACUGUUAUAUUGGACGAGACACAAAUACAUGACAGUAUUAUUAUGUUUUCUUGUUAGCGUCGAUAAGUUGAAAUUGUCACCUUAUACUUUGAAUAAUAUUAUUCUUUUAUUCCUUGCA